AUGACUUUCCCGUCUCUGCUGCUUCUGCUUUUCGUUGCUGGUGCGACAUUCCACGCCUCACGCGCACAGGGGGCAAAUGUCACGGUGACGGCGGACAACGCGCUUAUCAACUAUGUCGGUUCGUGGAUUGUCCAGGACGACGGAGGACACAAGUACGCGUCGGGUCCGGGCUGCUCGCUCUCCUUGACGUUUCAAGGCACAGCGAUCUACUGGAAUAGUGCACAUAAUCCGAACGGCGGGAUCGGCAGGGUGUCUGUAGACGGCGAGGAUUCGACUGAUGUGGACGAGUCGGUGGGGACGGAGGUGGGUGAGGCCUCCGUUGAGGCGACGCUUUGGGGGAAGACGGGCUUGGACGGGAGCGUGAACCACACGUUUGAGCUCGUGUAUGUCGGCGCAGGGCAGCUGGGUGGAGGCUACCUGGAGAUUUAUUCGCUCGCGUAUACUGCGGAUGACACGACGGAAAGCAGCGUCUCGAGCUCUUCGAGCAGCCCUGCAACGAGCCCUGCAACGAGCCCUGCGGCAAGCCCCGCGAGCAAUGGCAUUGUGCCGAGCCCUUCGAGUAGCUCUGCCAGCGAUGCCAUUGCGCCGAGCUCACCCGGCGGCGGUACAUCAAGUAAGCAGAUCUUCAGUACGACUGAUCACCAGGGUAUCUUUUUCAUAAAUCCUUUCUAUAUAGCCUUUGAGACAUCGGGCACUUCGCCAGCUCCUUCACCAUCUUCAACAGUCGUCGGUGCGAACUCGCACUCAGCCUCUGGGAGCUCCAACAAAACCGCACUAGUCGGUGGCGUCGUAGGUGGCGUCCUUGGGGGCCUUUUGCUCGCUCUCGUCUGCACUAUUCUGGCGUUCUGGAUCUCCCGGCGUAGGCGGCGUAUACGGGAAGAGAAGAAACGCAUCGAUGAAGAGCAUAGAGCGAAUCCCUACCGCAAGCACCGUGACAUGAGCGCACCCUCGCUCAGACCAUCGAGCGACGCCUACACGUCCCCGCAUACCCUCGUGAAUUCACACGUGCCGACUGCAUCUUACCAGUCAAGCAGUGAACCGGUCUCGUCAACGCCGCCGCUCUCUGUCAUUCAGAUACCGGCGCCUCAGCGUGCAUGGGAUACAUUAGCGCCCCUGCCUGCAUCGUCCGUGUUGGACUCUUCGGAUGCACAAUCAGCGAUAACGACGGCUGACGCGAGCUUAAUCGGCUCGUCUUUUUCUCCACGGACACCGCCUCCGAUGUACGUGGAAAGGGGCUGA